AUGGGAACGACUGAUUGGCAUUGUGAGCAAAGACUCGCUUUAACGAAUGAUUCUCCUCUAUCGGUAGAUAAUGAAAAUGGACCUGAGACUGGGUCACUCUCAAUUGUUGUGCUUGGUGCUUCUGGUGAUCUUGCUAAGAAGAAGACAUUUCCAGCACUUUUCAAUCUGUACAAGCAGGGAUUCCUACUAGAAGAUGAAGUUCUUAUUUUUGGCUAUGCAAGAACAAAAAUAUCUGAUGAAGAAUUGAGAAACCGCUUACGUGGCUAUCUUAUUAAGGACAAAGAUGCUUCCUCUGAACACUUGGAGGCUGUAUCGAAGUUUUUGCAUCUGGUCAAAUAUGUAAGUGGCUCAUAUGAUUCUGAGGAUGAUUUCCGUUUGUUGGAUAAAGAGAUUUCCAAACAUGAAUCUGAAACAAACACUACAGAGGGCUCUUCUAGGCGCCUUUUCUAUCUUGCACUUCCUCCUUCGGUGUAUCCAUCGGUUUCCAAGAUGAUCAAGACUACUUGCAUGAAUAAAUCUGAUCUUGGUGGGUGGACACGUGUCGUUGUUGAGAAGCCUUUUGGUAAGGAUCUGGAAUCUGCAGAGCAACUCAGCAACCAAAUUGGGGGGUUGUUUGAAGAACCCCAAAUUUAUCGUAUUGAUCACUACUUGGGAAAGGAAUUAGUACAGAACAUGUUGGUACUUCGUUUUGCAAAUCGCUUGUUCUUGCCUCUAUGGAAUCGCGACAAUAUUGCUAAUGUGCAGAUAGUUUUCAGAGAAGAUUUUGGAACUGAAGGCCGGGGAGGAUAUUUCGACCAAUACGGAAUUAUCCGGGAUAUAAUUCAGAACCAUCUGCUACAGAUUUUUUGCUUGGUCGCUAUGGAAAAGCCUGUUUCUCUCAGGCCUGAGCACAUCCGGGAUGAGAAAGUGAAGGUUCUUCAAUCCGUACUUCCUAUUAAAGACAAUGAUGUUGUUCUUGGACAGUAUGAGGGCUAUAGAGAUGAUCCAACUGUACCUGACAAUUCCAACACUCCAACUUUUGCAACUGUUGUUCUGCGUGUGCACAACGAAAGAUGGGAGGGUGUUCCUUUCAUACUAAAAGCAGGGAAAGCCCUAGGAUCAAGAAAAGCUGACAUUCGGAUUCAGUUCAAGGAUGUUCCUGGCGAUAUUUUCAAGUGUCAGAAGCAGGGUAGAAAUGAGUUUGUUAUACGCCUGCAACCUUCCGAAGCUAUGUACAUGAAGCUUACGGUCAAGCAACCUGGUCUGGAGAUGUCAACAGCUCAAAGUGAACUUGAUUUGUCAUACAGACAACGCUACCAGGGGGUAACCAUACCAGAGGCCUAUGAGCGUCUAAUUCUCGACACAAUUAGAGGUGAUCAACAACAUUUUGUUCGCCGAGACGAGUUAAAGGCAUCUUGGGAGAUCUUUACACCACUUUUGCACAGAAUUGAUAAGGGUGAACUCAAGUCAAUCCCUUACAAAUCUGGAAGCAGAGGUCCUGCAGAAGCCGAUGAGUUGCUCGAAAAAGCUGGAUAUGUUCAAACACACGGUUAUAUAUGGAUCCCUCCUACUCUCUAA